GGGGAACGGAGAGAAAGAACUGCAGCGGCGCGCACUCGGGAACGCGCACAGACACUAAAUCCGCUAGAUUACUAAACCCGUUUUACACCAAGGGAACGAUGACUGUUUUCUUUUCCUUUUUUACCGUUUUAGCUCAUAUUAACGUACGGACCAACUGUAGCCGUGUUUAGCCUGAAGGAAACUGAUGAAUUAUUCAGUGGAAUACAACUACUUGGGAGGACCCGGAUCUUUUUUCUUUUGGUUGAGAAAGAGCCCCACAGGAUUUUCGGGCGAGUGGGUCGUCAGGAGUUGGAACAACGACGAGCUACUUACUACUUUGCAUAAACAUAAAGUCUUCUUCAUUCGUGUAUCAGAUGUUAACAGUGAGCUUUAGCUACAUUUAGGGGUUAACAAUGACCCGAAGAGAAAGAGCUAUUCUCUGGACUGGCCCAAACGGUGUCAAAGGCUAGGCUAGGUUUAGAUCCGAACUAUUGUGAAAGCUAACGUACUGCGUUCUCCAAGCAGGUACUUCUAACUAAUGGGACACACAUAGUACUCCAAAGACUUACGCUAAAGUCUCUAAAAGUGUUCAAGGAACGCGACACUACUCUGGCUCUUUAAAGUGGAAUUCCUUUGUCAUUGAAGGACCUAGGAUUCAGCAUGUCGUUUUUUAAUUUCCGUAAAAUAUUUAAAUUGGGAACCGAAAAGAAGAAGAAACAGUAUGAACACGUGCGCAGGGAUGAAAAUCCAGAGGAAAUAUGGGACAUCAUCGGUGAAUUGGGAGAUGGAGCCUUUGGAAAAGUGUUCAAGGCUCAAAACAAACAGACGGGAAUUCUAGCUGCAGCCAAAGUUAUUGACACAAAGACGGAGGAGGAGCUGGAGGACUACAUGGUGGAGAUCGAAAUCCUGGCCUCCUGCGACCACCAAAACAUUGUCAAACUGCUCGACGCUUUCUAUUUUGAGAGCAAACUGUGGAUCCUCAUCGAGUUCUGUGCUGGAGGGGCUGUGGAUGCAGUCAUGCUAGAACUGGAGAGACCUCUGACGGAGCCUCAGAUCAGGGUGGUGUGUAAGCAGACUCUGCUGGCCCUCGUCUACCUCCACGACAACAACAUCAUCCACAGAGACCUGAAGGCUGGCAACAUCCUCCUCAUGCUGGAUGGGGACGUCAAGCUGGCUGACUUUGGUGUGUCUGCCAAAAACACCAAAACCCUGCAGAGGAGAGACUCUUUCAUUGGGACACCUUACUGGAUGGCUCCGGAGGUGGUGAUGUGCGAGACGUCCAAGGACCGUCCGUACGACUACAAGGCUGACAUCUGGUCCCUCGGGGUCACAUUGAUAGAGCUGGCGCAGAUUGAGCCGCCCAAUCACGAGAUGAACCCCAUGAGAGUCCUGCUGAAAAUAGCCAAGGCGGACCCUCCCACCCUGAUGCAGCCGUCACGCUGGUCCCCAGAAUUCAGUGACUUCUUAAAGCGGUGUUUGGACAAGCAUGUGGACAACAGAUGGAACCCCACUCAACUGCUACAGCAUUCAUUUGUGUCCAGCGUGACUGACGGCAGGCCCCUGAGGGAGCUCAUAGCGGAGGCAAAGGCUGAGGUCACGGAGGAGAUUGAAGACCACAAAGAGGAAGAGGAGGAGGAAGAGACGGAAGCCCACCUGGGCCACAAGCGCGCCCCCUCUGACGUCAGCGUUGCCAGCUCAGAGGAUGAGAAGAUCCCCCUCUCUCCCUCCAUGUUGGAAUCAGUCCCUGAGAAGGUGGAGCCGGUUGUGUCCGUGCCCACACCCACUGAGCUCCCUGUGGCCAACCAUGUGGUGGACACUAGCUUUGUUGAGGAGGCCGCUGCCCCUGUAGCUGAGGAGACUUCAAACACUCCAGAUGAGGACGGAGAGGUGGAACAGAAACCAGUGGAGGAAAAGCCCCCAGAAGCAGGAGGAGAUGUUGCCUCCCCAGAACCAGAGACCCAACCAGAGGCACCUGCCAAGGAAAUGCAGGAGCUGGAGAUUGCAGUGGAGGAUGAAAAGGAAGUGGACACGUCGGAGGGUCCAGCCAAUCCACAGGCGAGCACAGAGGGUUCAGAGGUCGCCAACGCUCCUCAGGAGGAGAACAAAGCUGCUGUGGAGGAAUCAAACGCACCAGCAGAGGAGCAGGAGAAGGAGGAGGACCGGUACAAAAAUCUCAAGGUGACACUGACACUACCAGAGCAAUUUAACGUUGUCCCAAAGGAGGAGGAUGGAGAGAAGCCCACAGAAAAGGAGAAGAUGAAUGCAGAAGAUGAGAAAACUGUUCCAGACAAAGCUAAGGAUGACGGAGAGAGAGAUUCAGACUCGGGGAGCGGCCCAGCUGCAGAUAACAGCAGCGUGGACCUCAAUCUGUCCAUCUCAAGCUUUCUGUCCAAAACAAAAGAGCCGGGAUCUAUUUCCAUACAGGACAACAAGCGUCAGAAGAAGACGUUAAAAAAGACUCGCAAAUUCAUUGUGGACGGAGUGGAAGUUAGCGUGACCACAUCAAAGAUCAUCAGUGACAAUGAUACCAAGAACGAGGAGAUGAGGUUCCUGAGACGCCAGGAGCUGAGGGAGCUGCGUCUCCUGCAGAAGGAGGAGCAGAGGGCCCAGCAGCAGCUCAGCAACAAGCUGCAGCAGCAGACGGAACAGAUCUACCGGCGCUUUGAGCAGGAGACCACGAGUAAGAAGCGUCAGUACGACCAGGAGGUGGAGAACCUGGAGCGGCAGCAGAAGCAGACCAUCGAGAGGCUGGAGCAGGAGCACACCAACCGGCUCAGGGACGAGGCCAAGCGCAUCAAAGCCGAGCAGGACAAAGAGCUGUCCAAGUACCAGAACAUGCUGAAAAACCGCAAGAAAGAGGAACAGGAGUUUCUUCAGAAGCAGCAGCAGGAUCUGGAUACCGCUCUGAAGAAGAUCAUCCAGCAACACAAACACGAGCUCGCCACCAUCGAGAAAGACUGCCUCAACCACAAGCAGCAGCUGCUCCGAGCACGGGAGGCUGCCAUGUGGGAGCUGGAAGAGCGCCAUCUGCAGGAGAAACACCAGCUGUUCAAACAGCAGCUCAAAGACCAGUACUUCAUGCAGAGACAUCAGCUGCUGAAGAGACACGAGAAGGAGAUGGAGCAGAUGCAGCGCUACAACCAGCGUCUGAUCGAGGAGAUGAAGAACAAGCAGACGCAGGAGAGAGCCAGGCUGCCGAAGAUUCAGCGCAGCGAGGCCAAGACCCGCAUGGCCAUGUUCAAGAAAAGCCUCCGCAUCACCGGAGCUUUCAUCACCCCCGAGCAGGAGAGGGAGAAGGUCAAACAGUUUGCAGCGCAGGAAGAGAAGAGACAGAAGAACGAGAGGCUCCAUCAGCAUCAGAAACACGAAAACCAGAUGAGAGACCUGCAGCUGCAGUGUGACGUCAACAUCCGAGAGCUUCAGCAGUUACAGAACGAGAAGUGCCACCUGCUCAUUGAACACGAGACCCAGAAGCUGAAGGAGUUGGACGAGGAGCACAGUAUGGAGCUGAAGGAGUGGAGGGAGAAACUACGACCCAGGAAGAAGGCCCUGGAGGAGGAGUUUGCCAGGAAACUGCAGGAACAGGAAGUGUUCUUCAAGAUGAGCGGAGAGUCCGAGUGCCUUAACCCGUCCAGCCAGAGCCGCAUCUCCAAGUUCUACCCCAUCCCCAGCGUCCACUCCACAGGUUUCUAGUAGACCUGCACACAGUGCACAUGGACAUGAUGAGCACACACACACACACACACACCGACAGUACAGACCCAACCGAGCUGCCUUGCCCUCGUCCUCUGAAAACUAUUGGAGGCUGUGAGAAGCAUUUCUGUUUCUGGACUUUGUUCCUCAGUCUGCAGACUCCGCCCUCAUUUUGUUCAUGUUGUCAUAUUUUCACACUAUUAGGGUUAUUUUGAAGGAGAGUUAUGAAGGAGUGAAGUAGCCGUCUGCCCAACCUUCCUGUUGGGAUUGAAUAGUUUUUUAUGAAGACUCCGGUGCCUGUAGAAUUUGAUCUGUUCAAUAUUCCAGCAAUUUAUGAUCAUUUACUGCUCAAUUGUUUUCUUUUUUUAGACAUCGUACGGAAGUCCUGAGAAGCAAAUAAGACGAGAGAUAUUGUGGUGAUCCAUUUUCCACAGAUGAACAGAAAGAUUAUCUUUAUUAACCUUUUGUCAUAAACACUGGAGAUCAGACUUUUUCGUCACUUGCCUCUCGGGGCUUCCCUACAUUUGCAUGAAAAAAUAAAAAAGCAUUUUUAUACAACUUGAAGUAACUGUUGAUUUCAUUUAGUUAAAUAUUAAACAGCAACCUUAUCAUUUUUAAUUGAUGAUGACAUAGAAUGUAUAUUUCUGCUGAAGGCUUAAUGUUGAUUUUUUUAAGAUCACUCUUGAUCCAGUAUAUUUAAUGGCGUCCUUUAUCUCUGUGGUAGACGUUGUAGGUUGGGGUGAGUAGAGCUGGAGAUGAUGCAUGAUCUCACAGCGAGCUUCAGGAACCUUCUCCAGCAGAAGUGUUCCCUGUGUGAGGCCUUCAGCAUACAGUAGAGACAGAGCAUCACUGUUCAUAGGAAGCACAAACGAGCAUUUCUGUACCUGUAUCAGUGGGUCUGCUUUUAUCUUUUUAGGUACCACCACUUUAUUAUUGUCAAGCACAAAAAGAUGCAUCUGUAGGAGCAGUGUUCAGGGACCAAUGAAGAAUGCAACUGUUGGAUUGUUGCAAAUGUUAUUUAACAUUUGAAGGAGUUUCUGUUGUGGUGAACAUCUGCAGUUCCACUUCACAUGGAGUUUCUUCUUCUUAUUGAAAUACUGUUAGCAUUGUCCUGCUGGCUAAUGGAUAUACUGACACCGGGUUUUAUGCCAGUUGGCCAACUUCCUGUUCUGCUCUCUGACUGUGAAGCAAGCUAACAGUUUGAGACCGAUUUGCAUCCGUGUUGGAAGAAACAAACACAACAUGAGCUCUCGGCAUUUCUUUUAUUCAGACUGAUGUGUUGUGAAUGACGUCAUAUUUGAUGCAGCUGUUGAGAAGCAAAGGAGAAGUGGACCUGACUGGAUCAUCUCAUCAUCUCAUUUUCUUCAUGAUUGGCUAGUCAAAGGUAUUCAAUAAGUGAACCAUUGUGCACCUUUUCUCUGUAGCUAUUUAUAUGAAAUGCAGCGUGUUCCCUCAUUGGAGGUUCGCAACAUUCAGAACUAUAAGUGCUCGUUCUGUCGGUCAGUUGGAGUCAAUGGACGACAUUCUGAUUGAAAACUGUUCAUAUCAAAAUCGUUAUGCAUUUAAAAAAAUAGAAUAGAAUAGCUGUGUAAUGUUGAUGUUCAUUGUGCUGUAAAUAAACGUUUCUCUCUGU